UCACAGCAUGGGGGGGGAGGAGCAAGAGUAUAAAACAGCAACAUGUGCCUCACACUCCGCUUGUCUCCAAAAUGAAGCUCGACCCUCGGCCAGUCUGUACGCUCGCCUUCUUGAGUCUCUGCUUCAUACUGACCACAGUGAGAGAAUCAGACGGCACAUUCGUGCCGGGAAGAUGUUUGUGUCCACACUCGCAGCCGGGCCUCAGGGGGAAACUGAAAGCGCUGACAGUUUACCCCAAAAGCCCCAGCUGUGACAGAUUAACCGUCAUAGUGACACUACAGAGUACCAAUGAGUCAGUGUGCCUGAAUCCGGAGGCGCCGAUGGGCAAACAACUGAUUCACUGCUGGAACAGAGCUCAAAAGUUGGGUCGCGAUGUGAAGCUUUGCCUGCGGAGGAGGAGGAGGAGGAGGAGGGAGAGAGCUCGGCAGCGCCAACGCUCUCGACUGAGCAGCCGGGGCCUCAACAAAAAAGCAUCGUCCUCUACUUCCCAAUAGUCAACCAACCAGACGAACAACACGAAGCUGAAUGGAAAGAAACAUGUACAUGCUGGUUUUUUUUUUUGCCAAAAUGUGGACUCAAGGUCACCACAAGCCUUUUUAAAUAGACAGCAGUCCAGCAGUUUUCUUUCUAUAAAUGUCACACAGUUGAGACGUCAAGAUCCCCUAAUCUGUUGGUGGUAUAUUAAACUUUCUUUAAAUGAUGUCACAAAAUGUACAGAAAUGAGCCCCGGAGGCUUGUCAUGAAUGUUAACGGUUGUAUUUUUUUAACUGUCAAAUGGUCCAUGUUCUUUUCAUGUAUAAUUCUGUGUGCAGCUGGAAAAGCAGACUUUGUUACUUAGUUGGUUAUUUAUUUUUAUAUCGAUAUGAGCAUUUUUCAGACUUUGUUUUUUUAAAAUAAAUAUAUCAGCAAAAAAAAA